AUGGCCAUCUUUCCCAGCUCAGGGCCCAGGCCCGAUGCUCGCGCCCUCUCCUCCGUCUCGUCGGCCGAACGCGAACAGAUCAUAAAGCCCUAUCUCCCUGAGCCUCGUAUCCAUCCGUCGCGAAGCCGCCUCCGCAAGACCAGGCCCAAACCGAUCCGCACCUUCGUCAAAAACAAGCUCCAUUUCCUGGUCUAUUUCCUCAUUCACAUCUUCUUCAGCAUUUAUAUACGGCUACGACAGAGCUACUAUGCAGUGGUUGAUAGGGUGCUGGCAAUUCGAUAUUACCAUCAUCGCACACCAGAGUUGAUUCGGAAGGAUGUGAGCCACUUAGGACGGCUGCCGCAGCAUCUGAGCAUAGCAUUAGCGCUGAGAAAAGACGAGGAAGCCCUGGAGAUACUAAUGGAUGAGGUGGCUGAGCUGGUAGCUUGGAGCAGCUGUGUCGGUAUCCCGACGCUGAGUGUAUACGAGAAAACAGGCUCAUUAAAAUCCUAUAUCCCAGCGCUGCAUCAAAUCAUCACUGCCAAGUUAGCAUCUUACUACGGCCCACAUCCUCAACAGCCAACCCUUCACCUUUUUGCUCCUCAUCACGCGAUCUACACUCCCUCCUCGCCCCCAUUGGGUGCAAAGAGCAACCAUGAUACUAUCACAGUUCUCCUGCUGUCUUCUACCGACGGCCGUGAGACCCUUGUCGAUCUUACAAAGACACUCGCGGAAAUGGCCCAAAAUGGCAAAGUUUCUCCCCAGGAUGUCAGUAUCAAGCUGAUAGAUGCCGAGCUCUCCGACAUGACCACGACACCGACUUCCCCUCAACCAGAAACCUUAGACUCAGAAACGAGUGACACCGAUCAAACUGUUGUUGAGAAACCAUCGGGUAUUCCUGUAAUGAAAGCAGAGCCAGACCUGCUACUUGUGUUCGGUCCCUACGUUAAACUAGAUGGAUAUCCACCCUGGCAGAUUCGACUAACGGAGAUUUUUUGUACCGGAGAUAAUAGCAGUAGCAUCAUGGGAGAUGGCGAGGCUGUGGAAUAUCAGAGGUUUUUGCAAGGUCUAUGGAAGUUUGCGAAGGCCGAGUUUAGGUUCGGACGGUAA